AUGUCGAAGGAUGCGAAACACGUUAUUGCUGUGACCACAACGGCUGGGCAUGCACAAUGCCCCGGAAGGAUCGACUUCCCCCAUGCUUACGACUUCUGCCACUUCGACGAUACGCAGUUCCGUCAAGUCGAACCCUCGACUGUCGUGGCCACAUGGGCGCCUCUCUCUGGCUACUCAACCCUGCCGCACGUCCCGGAUUUGAAGACGCAGAAGCAUCGAGAGGAGAAGGAGCCAAAAAACAUCUCGAUGAGGGAGGGUAGAUUGAGCCAUAGGGCAUGUCUCUGGGAGUAG